AUGUCAUUGUCCCCAUAUAGACCAACGGGUAUGGCCUAUCGCCUCACGAAGCCGUCAGAGCAAUGGAAACUUGGUCUACAGGAAAUCAAGAUACUCCUUUUGAAGCGCCGCUAUAAACAAUGUGCUGCUCUUUCUCAUGAUCUUAUGAGAGAUUUAGAUGAUAAUCUUCACGCAAUCCACAAAGCAUAUCUUCAGUAUUAUAGUGCGGCUUCAUAUGAAACCUUGGGUCGAACAGCGCACAACUACUCAAGCAACAAACUGCCACUUUUGAAUCUGGCAAGAGACGGAUAUGUCGCGUGCAAGUUUUCUCUUGCCGAUGCGCUCAAAGACUUUGAAGAAUUAAAUGAGAAUGGACAUCUAGACGUUGAGCACGAUUUCUGCAAGGAAGAGAAGGAAGAAGCAGAAGAAAAACUCGAAGAAGAAGGAUAUAAGGAGCCUGGCCAGGAGUCGAUUUUCGAAUACGGACCCCGCGCCACUACAGGACGCGUUUAUUCUGUUUUCAAUUUGACAGAGCCAUGGAGAACUUAUGCGCGGCAUAAACGUCAGACUGCUGGAGAAAAUAAUAACGGCUCUGGGAAUGCGACCGGGAAAGACGAGUCUGAUGUUGAUUUGAAAGCACCAGACUGUGACGAUAUAGAGGCAGUUGAGGUUAAUGCCGAGUCUGGAUCUGAGCUUAUGCCGCCUCCCCUGCGUAUUCAAAAGACACGAAAAAAAAGGCCAGUUCCUAGCCACAUCUCAACCGCGGACAGAUCUCUAAUUCCUCCACCUCUCUUCUCCCCUCCCCCAUUCAUACCGCGUGAGACCUCUCGAUACCAACAUUUCCAACCUGAACGCUCUUAUUUCGCAGAUUACUGA